CCCCGCCCGGGUCUCGGGGGGCGCCCGGGGAGGAAUCGCCCUUGGCGGGGAAGAGAAGAGCCCGGGAAGAAGCCAGCGCCUCCAGCCUAUUCCUUCCUCUCACCCCCCUUUGCUCUUCCUCCCUCCCCCGCUCCCGUCCCCUCCUUCCCCCGCUUCUAAUUCCUGCCGCUCGCUCCGAGCCUCAUUCAGCCGCCGCCGCCAGCGGAGCGUAACAGGCUGUGGACGCGGCGGGGUCUGUUCGGUGUCUACUUGUGAAUGGGACUUGCCUCCUCGCCCUCCGCCGCAGGUGACCCAGGGAAGCGGCCAGCCCGGCUGGACUCCCAGCAAGAGCUGAGAUAUCGGAUAAGUGGCAGCACAAAAUUUAAAUCUUCGUUGUCAACACAGACUCAUUAAGUGGCCAUUCAAAUGGGCGGAAUAUGUUACAUAAAUUGGCAGCAAGUUUCCAGUGGGUGAAGCAAUUAAGCUGAGAACCUGCAGAGCAUUAAAGUGAUGCACUUAAUGAGCAGUGGCAUCCUAUAUGCAGAACAUUACAUCUGAAAAUUUCCAUUAGCUCCGAGGUUCUUACUUCCAAGGUGGCCCUGGGUGGAAGGAGGAGAUUCUUGAAUACUCCUGUGCCUAUAAAUUAACCAAAAAUGAAGGAGGACAGUUGUUUACAUGCUGCUCUUAUAUGCCUGGGCAUGCUAUAUUACAGCCAUGCCAUGUCUACAGAAACACUCAACCAUUUAAGGCCGUCACUCCAUGGUCACCAUGAAAAAGGAAAAGAAGGGCAAGUUCUGCAUCGUUCAAAAAGAGGCUGGGUGUGGAAUCAGUUCUUUGUAAUAGAAGAGUACACAGGACCAGAUCCUGUACUAGUUGGCAAGCUUCAUUCAGAUAUCGAUUCUGGAGAUGGAAACAUUAAAUACAUUCUCUCAGGUGAAGGCGCAGGAAUCAUUUUUGUUAUUGAUGACAAAUCAGGGAACAUCCAUGCAACAAAGACACUGGACCGAGAAGAGAGAGCUCAGUAUAUUUUAACGGCACAAGCUGUAGACAGAAACACGAACAGACCUUUGGAACCACCCUCUGAAUUCAUUGUGAAAGUUCAAGAUAUAAAUGACAACCCACCUGAGUUCCUACAUGAAAACUAUCAUGCAAAUGUGCCAGAGAGGUCCAACGUGGGUACAUCAGUUAUUCAGGUAACCGCUUCGGAUGCUGAUGAUCCUACCUAUGGGAACAGUGCCAAACUGGUUUACAGUAUUCUUGAAGGUCAGCCGUACUUUUCCGUGGAAGCACAAACAGGUAUUAUUAGAACUGCUCUUCCCAACAUGGACAGAGAAGCUAAGGAAGAAUAUCAUGUUGUAAUACAGGCAAAAGAUAUGGGAGGACACAUGGGAGGACUCUCAGGGACAACCAAAGUGACAAUUACACUUACUGAUGUCAAUGACAACCCACCAAAGUUCCCACAGAGUGUGUACCAGAUGUCAAUAUCAGAAGCAUCCAUUCCAGGAGAAGAAGUAGGACGACUGAAGGCCAAAGAUCCAGAUAUUGGAGAAAAUGGCUUAGUGACUUACAGCAUCAUUGAUGGAGAUGGUGUGGAAAUGUUUGAAAUUACAACAGAUUAUGAGACUCAGGAAGGUGUUGUGAAGCUUAAGAAGCUCCUAGAUUUUGAAACCAAAAAGUCCUACAGCCUGAAGGUAGAGGCAGCCAAUGUACAUAUUGAUCCUAAGUUCAUCAGCAAUGGACCAUUCAAGGAUACUGUAACUGUAAAGGUAGCAGUUGAGGAUGCUGAUGAGCCACCCAUAUUUUUAGCACCAAGUUAUAUUCUUGAAGUACAAGAGAACGCGGCAGCUGGUGCUGUUGUUGGGAGAGUACAUGCCAAAGACCCUGAUGCUGCAAAUAAUGCUAUAAGGUAUUCAAUUGAUCGUCACACUGACCUUGAAAGAUAUUUUAGUAUCAAUCUAGAAGAUGGUUAUAUUAAGACCAUAAAAACUCUGGAUAGGGAAGAAAUUGCUUGGCAUAACAUCUCUGUCUGUGCAAAUGAAGUCCACAAAGAAUAUCAGAAAGUCAAAGUUCCUGUAGCAAUUAAGGUCCUUGAUGUCAAUGACAAUGCUCCAAAAUUUGCAUCAACCUAUGAAGCAUUUAUUUGUGAAAAUGCUCAGAGCAACCAGCCAUUUAUUACAAUUACUGCUGAUGACAAGGAUGAUGCAGCCAAUGGACCAAGAUUUAUCUUCAGUUUGCCACCUGAAAUUGUUCACAAUCCAAAUUUUACGCUCAGAGACAACAGAGAUAAUACAGUGAGUAUUCUUGUUAGACGUGGCGGCUUUAGUCGACAAAAGCAGGAUUUAUACCUUCUUCCUAUUGUAAUAAGUGACGGUGGAAUCCCUCCAAUGAGCAGCACCAAUACCCUCACUAUUCGAGUCUGUGGCUGUGACAGCAAUGGUUCCUUGCUCUCAUGUAAUGCUGAAGCUUACAUCCUCAAUGCGGGACUUAGCACUGGAGCUUUAAUUGCCAUUCUCGCUUGCAUUGUGAUUUUGUUAGUCAUUGUAGUGUUAUUUGUAACACUGAAAAGGCAGAAGAAAGAACCUUUAAUUGUUUUUGAAGAAGAAGAUGUCAGAGAGAACAUUAUAACUUAUGAUGAUGAAGGUGGUGGAGAGGAAGACACUGAAGCCUUCGACAUUGCUACUUUACAGAACCCUGAUGGCAUCAAUGGGUUUAUUCCUCGUAAAGACAUAAAACCCGAGUAUCAGUAUAUGCCAAGACCAGGGCUUCGGCCAGCUCCUAAUAGCGUUGAUGUUGAUGAUUUCAUCAACACAAGAAUACAAGAGGCUGAUAAUGAUCCAACUGCUCCUCCUUAUGACUCUAUUCAGAUCUAUGGCUAUGAAGGAAGAGGCUCAGUGGCUGGUUCACUUAGCUCGUUAGAGUCAGCGACAACAGAUUCUGAUUUGGACUAUGACUAUCUACAAAACUGGGGACCUCGCUUUAAGAAACUAGCAGACUUGUAUGGUUCCAAAGACACUUUUGAUGAUGAUUCUUAACAAUAAAGUUACAAAUUUGGCCUUAAGAACUGUGUCUGAUGUUUUGAAGAAUACAGAAGAAAUGUAAGCAGGUAUUUUUUUAAAAAUCAAGAAAAGGCUCAUUUAAACAUUUAAGUUUGACAAAGAGGAUUCCUUUAAUAAUAAUGAAAAGGACAUAAAAGUGGUAAAUACUGUGAAGUACCUUUUCUUACAAAAGGCAAAUAUAGAAGUUGGUUAUCAACUUCACUAGAGAAAAAAACCACUUAUGAAGUACAAAAUAUUUAAGGGAAGGAAAAUUCUAAAAGUGAACCUACAAAUGAGGGAAAUCUUUUAUGUAUUAUGAACAUCUAAAUCUUUUAUGUCAAAGAAGCUUCCACACAUUAGAAAAAAGAUAACAGUUCUGAGCUGUAAUUUCGCCUUAAACUAUGGACACUCGUAUAUGUAGUGCAUUUUUAAACUUGAAAUAUAUAAUAUUCAGCCAGCUUAAGCCCAUAUGAUGUAUGUACAGUACAAUGUACAAUUAUAAUGUCUCUUGAGCAUCAAACUUGUUACCGCUGAUUCUUGUAAAUCUUUUUGCUUAUACUUUCAUCUUGAACUAAUACGUGCCAGAUAUAAAACUCUGUCUUGUUGCAGUGGGAGGCGCCCUAUUUCUAUGUCAUUUUUAAUGUAUCUAUUUGUACAAUUUUAAAGUUCUUAUUUUAGUAUACAUACAAAUAUCAGUAUUCUGACAUGUAAGAAAUGUUACAGCAUCACACUUAUAUUUUAUGAACAUUGUACUGUUGCUUUAAUAUGUGCUUCAAUAUAAGAAGCAGACUUUGAAAUAAAAUGAUUCUUUUUUUAA